AUGUUUUUAUAUUCCAUUCCCCUACUACUACUAUUAUUAUUAUUCUACCUAUUAUUAUUAUUAUCAUUCCCCCUCAGCGUCUCUGCGCAAGUAUACCCUUGGCAAAAAAAUCCCCCCGUAGGUCCUAAUGACACCGGUCCUAUCAUUUACCCGUGGGGAACCGUAAAUUAUAUACCAAACAAACAAGAACCCCCACCACCGCCUUUUAUGGUUCGAAUGUGGUAUAUUGGGUUUAUCUUAUUAGCCUUGUUUGUGUUGGCGGUGUAUGUGGCCUUGUUUGUAUGGACGAGAAAACACUUUAGAAUGGCGGAGCAGGCGGAGGAACGGCGGCGGAUGAAAUAUUAUGAGUAUUCAUACAGUAGCGAUAACCCGCUUUCCAGGGAAGUAUCUUUCAGCCCGCUUUCCAGGGAAACAUCUUGGGUGAAUUAG